CAUCUGGUUGCCUAUGCUGUAGUUUCAGGAUCGACUCCGUUAAGCUGAUGCUUCUGAUCUCCUCUGCUUCAAGCACAAGAGCUUUAUAAAAACAAAACUACGUUUUCAUGGAAAAUUUAACUGAAAAUGGAAGUCUAUGGAAUUCAAACCUGCAAGAUCAGUGCUUUCUUUUUGAGAUGGUCGAAAGUCCCCAAGGCUUUAUGUAUCCGAUUCACAUUGUCACCGCUUUACUCAAUGGCAUAUUUGCUGUUGUAACUACUAUGGGAAAUUCCCUUGUAAUCUACGUUAUAUGGAAGAACAUAUCUCUUCAUACGCCUUCGAAUGUUCUCCUUUGUUGCCUCGCAUUUUCUGACUUAGCCGUUGGCCUUCUUGCUCAACCUGCAUUUGUUGCUCAUAAAAUUGGCAAACUUAUACACAACUUUCGCCUAUAUUGUCUCACACGAGUCACUCUGGAAACUGUCGGGCAAAUAUGUGCUGGCGUAUCGACUCUGACUUUGGCAGCGAUAAGCGUUGAACGAUAUCUUGCUCUCCGGUUUAGCUUACGGUACAACGUCAUUGUUACUAACAUGCGUGUCUUUAUGGUCGUCGGCUUGUUUUGGGUUGUCUUCACAGUCUCAACAAUUUCAAAACUGUUUGUUGAAAAAAUAAACAGUUUACAUUCUUUCUUUCUGUUUAGUGUUACUCUAUCUAGUUUUGGUGUUAUUUCUGUGUCCUGUGUCUUCGUUUUUCGCUGUGUUGUGAGACACCAAAAGAGAAUCAAUUCUGAACAAAUUCCUGGGUCAAUAGAACAACAAGAUUUCACUUCUAAGCGAUCUUCAUUCAGCUUGUUACGAUAUAAGAAGGCAACUUUAACUAUGGCCUAUGUUUUAGGCAUUUAUUUGCUUUUCUAUCUUCCGUUCAUCGGGGUAAUGAUAGCUCGCAAAUUUUAUGGCUACACACAGAUUACCAAAGCUGCUUAUGUUUGUACUUCGACUUUGAUAUUUUUAAACUCCUCAGCUAAUCCACUAAUUUAUUGUUGGCGAAUCAAAGAAAUACGAAUACCUGUAAAGAUAAUUUUAAAGAAAUUGUUUUCUUCUCAUACUCCAGUGACGAACUUUGAACCAACAAGCAAUGGAGUGGGAGCUAUUAAUUUAAGUAGAAACUACGUAUACUAUGUCCAAGAUCAGUCAGAAACAAGGAACUAAAAAAAAAACUAAAUAAGUUUCUGAGUGCAUUUGACUGCAUAUAUGAAAAUAUUGCUAUAUAGAACUAAUUAAUGGUAAACCGGAAUAUGUAUGUGUUUCUGUUAACAAUUCAUGUAAAUGAACCGUUAUUUAAGAGUAACAUGAACGUGCAAGAAAUUCAGUUAGAAUUAUAUAGAAACUUUUUUUAAUAACUGAAUAUAAUCAUAAGUUUAUCUGUCCAUAUUCAUUGUCCUUUAUGUCUGUGUGUCACGUAGGGCUGGAGUAUACUCCUUAAUUAUUAACCAAAUAUUACUCAAAAUUGUAAAUAUGAAAUAUGAUAAUAAAAAGCUCAAAUUAUUGAAGCAGGUGGGGUUUUUCCAACUGUUCUGUUAUAUCAAUGACGUUGUUCUUUUGUUUUGUUUUGUUUUGUUUGUUUGUUUUUUUUGUUUUGUU